AUGGAGAUUGAUCCUUCAAACCCUGAGAAAUCUGACCAAAUAAUCACAUGGAGCUCCGAGGAGCUAGGUUUGGGGCAUGUUAAGUUUUAUAGGUGUAGCUUUUGUAAACGAGGUUUCUCAAAUGCACAAGCUCUAGGUGGACACAUGAACAUCCAUAGAAGAGAUAGAGCCAGGCUUAGAGAAUUUUCAAGUGAUCAAAACUUGCUUUCUUUGGACAUCAACAACUCCGUUAAUCCUCCUUCUCCUCCUCCUGCUCUAGCUCCUGCAAAUGAUGACUCGUUGCAACGAAGAGUAUCAUCAUCAUACGAUGAAACAGUAAUUAGUAGCCCCUCAAAAAGGCCUUGUAUUACAUAUGAUGAAGAAAAUGAUCAUCCUACAUCCAAGGUGAAUUAUUAUGAUCAUAAUCAUGAAGUGAUUAUUGGAGAUCUUAUGCAAUUACCCUUAUUCAAAGAGUAUCCAUUAAUUAAAGAAGCAAGCACUUGUGUGGAUGAGCAAGUAGAAAACAAGGGCAUGCAGCGAAAUCCUGUUUCAGAACUGGACCUUGAGCUUAGGCUAGGGAUGGAACCACCUGAGUCCUCGACAUAA